GGUACAGGAGAAGGGAAAAGGAGGAGGCCAGAAGGGGGAGGAGGAGGAGGUCACAUUGUGAAACAGUGUGCCUUCAUGGAGCGACGUUACUCAGCAUUUGGAAAAAGCCUCUCAGCGAGUCAUUAAAGCCAGGAUCGAAUCCAAGUGAUAUUUCCCUCUUUGUUGAUUUUUUUUUCUUUUUUGUCUGCACUUCAAACAUCGCGAGGCCUUCACGGUAUAAGGGCUAGAAUGCUUCAGCUUGGAAGCCUGUUCAGCCACUUUCAACUCAGCUCCAAAGCUCCAGAGAACACACAAGGCCAGAGGCAGCCUCACACACAAACACUGCCAGAAUUUGUGAAGCAUCUCAGGAAACUGACUGGGCUGCGACAGGAGGAUGUUUACUGUAACCUACGAAUCCCCGACCAGCAGAAGAUUGCCAAAGAUGACAUCAACAUUGUUAUUCUGACAGGCCACGGCAUUUUCUGCAUCGAUGUAAAGGCCUGGAGAGGUGCUGUGUCUGCUCACAACCAGGCCACCUGGCAUGUUCAAGUAAAAGAAGAAAACCAAAAUUUUACCAACACUUACAUUGAGCAGACUGAAGAUCCCCUCAGAGCCAUCAUGGUCAAGGCAAACUACCUGUGCAGCUACCUGAAGAGAAGUGGAGUGUCCGUGCGCCAAAGUCUGUUUUCCUACAGGGUGAUCUUCCUCUCCCCAGACUGUGAGCUGGACGAGGAGCUGAGGAAGAGGAGGGAGCUGAUCUCACACAGUCGGAUAGACGACUUUCUCACAUCUUUCAGGGAGGGCUACGUGGCCUGGCUAUCAGCCGCUCUGACUCCCUCCUGGUUCUCUGGUCAUCUGUCCUACAGACAGAUGGAGUCGGUGCGAGAGAUCCUCAGGACUGUUGGGACCUGGGACCUGGUUCGGCUGCACUGUGGUGAGCAGCUGAAGGGAGACUACCAGGGCUGCCAGUAUAUCGCUUUAAACCGUAGGGAGACAGACACCCUGGAGUUCUCCAGAGUCAAGGUCCUGUCGGCCGACUCGCUGUGGGCCCUGCUGGGACACGCUCCUCAGGUAACCGUGAAAAUGUACAAGCGUGGUUCCCAUGGCUGGCUGGGUAAAUCCCUGAGUGCCACCACCAUCAUACCAUCCAACACGUGUGUGAGCUUCAGGAUCAGUGGAGACGAAACCGACGCCAAGAUCCCGGCGAGCACCAUUCACAGCAUCACACUGAGCAUAUAGCUGCGUAAAGCACACAGAACACACGCGUGUUCUAAGGCAGAGAAGCUUUACCUCAAACCUCAUGUUGUUGUUUUACUGUGUGCCUGGUGUUGAAGUGUGAAGUUUGUAGAAGAGUCUGGGUGUAUCAUGGGGAUUUACAUAAAGAAACUGAACACAUUAAUGUCCUACGUCUGAAGGAUCAUGUUAUGGAAAGGGAGAUUGAGAUUGAGAAGACAGUUGUUUUGAUUGUAAACUGUCCAUUAACCAAUCAUUUCAUCAGUUUAUGACUGAAGUGAUAAGUGUAGGCAGUUAAAUCCAGACCCGGCCUCUGCUUUAACGAGGGCUGAGCAUGUUGGGUCCUCUUUGGGUUUUUAUUAUUAUGGGAUAAACUGUGGUGUGUUUCCACUGUGUAACUGUAAGGUGCUUUAUUAAUCUGCUCCACAGCUCUGGGAGUCAUUCGUAACUGCGUCUCAGUCACUUUGUACCAGUUACCAGGCUCACGCUGCUGCGCUAACGGCUAGCAAUUGUAUUUACAGGACCUGGGAGUGGCCAAAAUGAAGUUAUUUCCAUCAAGAUAUCAGUGCCUUCAGCUAAUGCAGUAGACAGAGAGCUGCUGGUGUUGGUGCUAUCUUGUUGCAUGGCAUCUCUCCACCUGAAGCAUCAUCACACUGCACUCCAACUCCUCACUUUUACACGUCUGUUUACUGUUUUACUGGCAGUUGCACACAGCAGCUCUGUGCUUUGUUAGCAGCAGCAGACACACAUUUCAUUGCCUCUGAAUGUUUUGAUACCGAGAUGUGGAUUGAUUGGGUUUUUUUUGUGUGUGUGUGUGUCUUAAGACAGGUUUUUAAUUAUAUUUACCAUAAAUAAAUCUGGAUUGAUACGGACAUACUGUAAGUAUGUCCAAGAAUGUCUUAAUAUUUGUAUUGCAUAAUACAGCGUAGCGUUUUGAAAGUGAAGCCAGUCAUCCAAAACAAAGUGCCAGAAGUAGCUCAAAUAAAAGUUAAAAGAUACAAGGAAGGAAAAGAUAUAUGGAAUACAAUAUUAUAAUCAGGUACCACAACGCUGGCACAGAUGAAUGGACAAAACCGGGUAUUGCAACUGUAAUGGUAUGUUCAUGUUAUAUAUACAAAUAAGCCAAAAACAAACAAAAAAAAAACUUAAUUUACAAAACUUCAAGCACUUUCAAUAUAAACUGACCUCGCACUGACCUCUGCUCACUCUUCAGGUGGUUUGAUAUGAGCAUGUUUGUUGAUAUAUCAUUUGGUGUUUUUAUUUUAUCUAUAUUUGUAAUAUGCUGUCCCAAUAAACCAAGUGAACUUA